AUGAACAGUUAUAUUUUUAAAAUUCUUUUACUUACCUUGUUCUACAAAAUUAUGGAUUUUACACCGAAUAAUCAGGACGGAAUAAAUUUCGUCAGAGGAAAGAUGGAAAAAGAUGAUCAUUUUAAUAUAGAAUUAUCAUAUAAUGGUGAUAAUAAAAAAGUUAAGUUUGAGGUUGGUGAACAAAUAAAGGAACAAGACACACCUAUUAUUAUACUACUACCUACGAAUAAGCCUUCGUCCAGUGAAUUGUACAAAAAGUAUACGAAAGAAAUUGAUGACCAUAAGCACAAGUCUGUGAAAGACGUUAUGAACAACAUAAUGAGGACAUUUGAUUCGAUUGACCAGAAAAUGUUCUUAAAUAAAUUAUCAGAAGAGGUUAACGAGUAUUUAAAACUUUAUAAAAGUUUUUCAAUAUAG